AUGGGUCAUAAUCUUUUCUUUGUGUUGACUUUAGUUUUAAGCGUACAAAUGUAUUGUUGCCAAGUUCUCAUGUUUGGGACAUGUGCUGAUGUUGUUACCAUGAAAUAUUUUGAAAUAGAAAGAUUUUUAGGUAAAUGGUACGAGAUAGAAAGAUUUCCAAUAUCGUACGAAAUGUCAGGAAAAUGCGCGUACAAAAUGAUCCAACAGUGCGGUCGAAGGAUUGGGUUGAAACAUGUUUUUAUAAAUAAUGGAAUCAAUUAUACCUUACACGUUAACAGCUCCUAUACGCCUGGAGACGAAGCUGUUUUUUCUAUGAAUGAAAAUAGUAUAGAUCCUAUUGGGAUAUCUUUGUCAAUAAUAUCGACGGAUUAUUCAAACUACGCCUUAGUGUAUGGAUGCAAAGUUAAUGAGGUACUCGACCUCAAAUACGUGGUAGCCUGGAUUUUAUCGAGAAACACGACACUUGAAGCUGAAAUAUUAGAGAGAACACGUAUGGAAUUGAAUUCCUUGCCCUUUGGAAGCAUCGUGUACCUUGAAUCCGUGGAUCACCAAGAGUGUAGCAAUCAUUGGUCGGCAGAUAUCUACGCUGUUGAUGUCACUAGCGCAAAUAAAGAUCCGGAAAAUUAUCUAUAUUUUCAUUUCUGGGUAUCCUUAAUUUCCUCAGCGAAGUAUUUGACUUCCUCAUAUAUACCAUGUGAUUACUAA